AUGAGCGUGAGUGCAGAAUGCACUGGCUACUACAACGCAGAGCGUGAGUUUAUCAGCUCGUUCACCUGCCCGAGACCGGGAGGAGACGCACACGCCGUGUACUGUUGUGGCUUCAACGAUGUCAAGUACUGCUGCGAUGAUCCUAACAGCUUCUUCCCCUAUGAGUACGAGUACAUGUGGUGGCUCAGUGUUGGUGCUCUGAUGGGUUUGUCCAUAGCUGCUGUGGUGCUGCUGGCCUUCAUCAUCACAUUGUGUGUGCUCUGUUACCUAUUCAUCGCCACCAAACCCCGGGGACUUGAUAAUGGUCUCACACUGCAGGUGGCAGGGUCUGAGGCCGGUCCUCAAGAGGGUUCGAGUAAUGCUCCAUCUGGACCUCAAGGCUUCCGUAAGCAUUUUCUGAGAGGCAAACUGCACUGUGACAACCAGCCACCCAACCCGGAGCGCUUGUUUCAGCGCUGCCACAUGGCCACCGUCACCACCAUUAACAUCGAGGGACCUUCAUAA